AUGAAAGUUCUUAUUGCUUUAUUAAGUGGAUUUAUUGCUGAUUAUAUGCGUUUAAAUUUAUUAUGGUCAACAACAAAUGUUAGAAAAAUCAUGACUUCUACUGGAUAUAUAAUAGAAGGUAGUUGUCUUUUACUAAUGUGUCAUGUAAAAAAUCCAUAUGUUGGAAUAGCAUUACUUACGUUUGGUGUUGGUUCAAGUGGUUUAAUGGUAUCUGGUUGGCAUUUAAAUCAUCAAGAUUUAGCUCCACGUUAUGCAUCAGUAUUAGCUGGUUUUACAGCAGUUAUUGGUACAUCAGCUGGUAUAAUUAGUCCAAUUGUUGCUGGUCUUCUUACUAAACAACAGGAUUUAAUUGGAUGGCGUCAUGUAUUUACAAUAGCUUCUCUUGUUCUAUAUAUAGCUUCAUUAUUUUAUAUGAUAUUUGCAUCAGGUGAAUUACAAUCAUGGGCAAUGAAAAAUCCAUAUGAACAAAAACUAAGAUUAACAUCAGAAAAUUUACCAUCAUUAGUUUCUUCAUUUGAACAUAAUCUUCAAGAAGAUAUUCAUUCAAUAAAACAAGAUAAAUAUAAACAACAAUCAAUUAUUAAUCAUAAUAAUUAA